GCUUUAUUUACAUACCCACCCAUUCUACCAGGAUAACAUACAUGUUUGUAUACACUGGCAGUCAUCCAGUAUUCGGCUUAAUUUAGAAUGCUUUUUCAGUGUGUGCUGUGUGGUGUUUCGCAACAUCCCAUGAGAGGGUAUAUCUUAUAUGUUUAACUGUCGACUGGGCAGACGCAGUGUCGUCGCUUUAAAUAUAAUAAGAUGACCCUUAUACAGAAUGGAUUUGCUGUGCUGGUGUUAACCGUUGUUUCUCAAGCUUCGCAACUAUGCUUCAAGGAAUUUUCUACUGAACCUUCUAGAAUACUUGGCGGAUUUUUCCUUUGUGAAGGACAGUGUUGCAAUCCACGUUCUACAAAAACUUGCUGUGAAGUAGAAAGAUUUCCGAAAGUGGCAAUCGCUGGGAUCGUCAUUGGAGCAUUGUUUGUCAUCCUCUUCAUCGCAGGUGUUGUGUACUUCUGCCGGAAGUCAAGGAGAAAAGCGCCAAAAAACCAGCCGCCGAUGUUUACAGCUUUGGGAGAACCUGUCGUACUUCCGCCACCCGAGCCAGCCCGACCUACCCCGCCGCCAUCUCGUUUAGCUUUGGGAACACCUGUCGCACGUCCGCCAUUUGAACCAGCCCGACCUACGCCGCCGCGAGUUGAAAAUACACCACCACCAGCCUAUGAUGAAUGUGUCAGCAGAGCCGCCACCAGGGGUGUACACAUUUUCUCUCCCAUCAUUUUGCAGUGUUGAAGAUGACCCACCUGACAGGGGUUUCUGAUGCCAUGCAAACAGGGCGUUCUGUUCAUCACCAAAUUAAGGAAGUAUCGUUCUCGCAUUCACACAGUCAUCAAACUUACUUCACCUCAAUCCCACGUAACAAGAGAUCCAUUUUGGACUAACACACGACACCGCGUGAUUAUAAACUGUAAUGUACAAGCCUUUUGUAUAUUUCAGUCAGUUGACAGUGAGAUUAAUCAUAUUGUACAUGUUGUAUGCGAUACAGCAUACAACUGUAAAGAUAUACGCUCUAGGUACAUGAAUUAACGUAUAUCACCACUGAUCUUACUGACUGUUUGUUUAAUGGAACAUCGGAUCCAUCCGCACACACCUCACAAAAGAAGCUGCAUAUCAUCUGGUCAAGUGUCUGAUCCUUUCCAGGUUGGAUUAUUGUAAUGGGCUGGGUUGGGCAAAUCUCCAGAGAAUCCAGAAGUCAGCAACGCCUUUGGUUAGCAGAUGAGGCAAGACGGCAUCAGUCAUGAUGUCAUUACAUCAAAGCAAGGAUUCAAUACAAGAUCUGGACCAUCACCUACAGAUCUGUAACGCCUUGGUCCCAUCCUACCUUGCCGAUCUCAUCACAUCUUAUGCACCAGAAAGACAGUUACGGUCAGCCAACGACCACCUACUGACCGGACCAAAGAGUCCAAAGAUAGCUUGGACUCAAAUCCUUAAUGUUGCAGCAGUUCUUUGGAAGAAAUUCCCACAGGAUCUUAAGACUUCACCUUCUCUGUUUUCUUUCAAAUCUGGACUACACACAUUUUCCAACGAUUGGUACAAUCAGUGAACUCUCAAUUACUCCACAGAAUCGAUAUAAGUAUAUUGAAUUUAUCUUUUUCUAUCAUGUAGCUAUGAUCAACCACUUGGUGGACGGAAUUUGGCGCCUCAAAAAUAGACAUAUAAUAAGUGUU